AUUGUUCCCCAUUUCUGAAACAUCUUUCUUCCGGAGUGAGAUGCAAAGAGAUGAUACUAUCUUGGCCACCUCAAGCUCAGAUCGUACAAUCCGGCUUUGGUGGAAGGGUAGUCCCCAGCGUUGUUUUAAAGGUCAUAGUGGCCCAGUCACUGUUCUCGCUGAUACCUUGCUUGGUGAUUGUGACUCAAAGUUUCUUGUCAGUGGAGGGGAAGAUAGUACUGUUCGCCUUUGGUCUGUUGGUUCAGGAAGAAUGCAUGGUCAUCCAGCUGUAACAUAUCACGGUCAUGAGAAAUCCAUUUCAUUUCUCUCCGUGGCUAGACACAAGGCUUCUCUUUUGGUGAGCUUGGCAAAGGAUUCACGGGUUAGGGUCUGGGAUGCAAUGGCAUCGUCAUCUUCCGGUUCCUCUUCCUGUGUAGGGAUGGCUUCUGUUUCUGGCCCUCCUGUUGGUAUGCAGUGUUAUGAUUCACUGUGCUAUAUUGCUAGUGGCAUGACUGUAACGGCAAUUGAUUUGAGAACCAUGAAGAGCGUUGCAACUAUUUCUGUUCAUUCCCCAAAGACAUAUUCUUUUGAGAUGCUACCCUCAAAAUGGUUACUUUGCACUGGUGGAGAAGAUAAGGCUAUGCUGUGGGAUAUCAGGAAAAGUCAAGCGAAGCCUGCGCCUAUUGCAGAGUUAGGACACACUGGUCCAGUCAAGUACCUGCAUAUGGACUCUUACAAAAUAGUCACAGCAGGGCCAUCUGAUUGCUGUGUAAAUGUUUGGGAAACUGACACAGGCAACCUGGCGAAUGCACUGGACCUUUUUAACAAGCUCUCAUUCCAAAAUCCAACUGAAAAGCCUGUAGGAUUUAGUGCCAUGGCUGUGGAUGGUUACAGGUUAGUGACCAGCUGCGGUGAUCGGGGAUGCGUGUCGGUCAGGGACUUCUCAAAUUGUUCUAUUCCUAUUUCAUCAUCAUCUUGUUCCAAAGUUGGUUCCAAGUUUUGGGAGGCGAAUCAUUGCUUAGAUGCUUGAUCUAUGCCACCAAAUGUACGUAUCCAAUUUUACAGAUUUGUAUAAAGGAUGAACCAUCAUAUUUCUCUUUGAUUAUUCUUGUGCUGGACUAUUUUUCACUGCUCAUUCCAAUGUGAAGACCUGCACAGUUGCUGGUUUUGUCCUUCGUUAUGAUGUUCUUAGAAGGGGAAGAAUAAGAAAGGAUUACGCAUCACUGAAUUCUUGUUUUAUUACCCCCAGCAUAUACGGAAA